AUGGAGAAACUGGCAAAAGAUGUGAGAGUGCCUUUUCUUCUGAAUGGAACAAAUGAGCUGGGGCCAGUCCUGGGGCUUCAGUGGGAAUCCAGGCUCAGAGCACAGCUCUCUCCUUCUCUUUUCCAGGUCAGAAACAUCAGCACUGCUGGAGACGGCCGGGUCUCCUGUCUACCCCCUACUGGCCCUCCAGGCUGCCCUUGGAGUUCAGCUGGUCCCCAGCUGUCCCUGCUUCCUGCCUCCCUGGCAGCCACAUCCCUGGUCCACCUCCGCCGGGCGGGCGAGGACCAGGACAGACAGUGGCUCCUCCUUUUGGAUCCUCAUCCCUGUGGCUUUCUGUUCUUCCGGUUUGGUUGCUUAGAAGAUCAGGCCUUCCCGGAAUGGAUCUUAGCCUACACCACCACCAGUGCAAAGACACAGGAGAAGUUGACCAUCUGCAAACCCCAGUGCAAGACUGGCCCAGGCCUGUGUUGCCCUGAGCCUUAUGUUGCUUCUCAGCCUCCAGAACUGUGGGAAACAAAUUUCUUUUGUGUAAACCAGCGGAUCUAUGCUACAUUAGUAUAUUCGUCUAAACUAACAUAUAUGGAUUCCAGCAAGUUCCUCAUCUCCUGUAUCUCCUCAAAUCUGCCAGCAACAGUGUCAGUUUUAAAGAUGACUUCUGUUAGAAAGAAAUUAUGGCAUUUGCUGGUAAAUGGAUGGAGCUGGAAACUAUUAUGCUAAGUGAAAUAAGCCAAUCUCCAAAAACCAAA